AUGAAUACAAAGACUUAUCUUCCAAAAAAUGAGAAUGAGAUGGAAAUGCCCAGAUCCAAUCUUCAGGAAAUCAACCAACUCAGACAACAAAAUGAUCGUCAAUAUUUCAGAAAUUCUGGUAUGCCGGUGUACGUGAUGGAUCCAUCGCCUGCAACCACCCAAGUGGUCGAGCAGUAUCAUGUCCUGCACAUACAGCUGAGCUGUUCACAGGAUUUUGAAGUCCGCAAACCUCAAGACUAUCCCUUCCACUUAAUUUUCUUGAAUCCUCCUGAAAGCCAUACCAUUACACUGUUCCGGGAGCUCUGGCCAGUCUAUGAAGCAGUGUCCUUGGGAGCCUUUCGGACACCAACACUGCAGUAG